ACGAACAUUUCUAUGGUCGAAAAACAUCAGAAACCGCCAUUCAGUCUUCACAUCACCAGUAGCAACGGCGUUUUUCAUCAAUCAUUAAACCUCUUCAAAAAAUCACGAGAUUGAACAAACGUAUACUAAUUCGCCACAAAAAUGUUGAUAUUACACGACGAUAACUACUACGAGAGCAGAAAACCACAGCCUGACUUGGGACCAGUAAAAAACUUCAAACGUUUCAUCUGGAACCCUGAAAACAAAUCAGUCCUGGACAGAACGUGCAAAAGCUGGAUUCGACUCACUGUAUUCUACCUGGUAUUCUUUGGAGUGAUAUUCUCGCUAUUUUUCCUUCAAAUGUGGAUCACGAUAACGUACAUCAGCUCUGUAAAUGCGCCGCACACUUUCAUCCCUACGUACAGAAGAGAUUUAUUUCGUCUAUGGAAUUACAGAAUCCCUCAGUUUCCCAUGUUUACUUACGGCAGUCAUGAGGAUGGCCAGCUACUCGCACCCAAAAACGAUACUCACAAAUAAAGGAGCCGUAGAUCUACGCGUCGAUCAGCAAAUCAAGCGACCAACCUCGUACGAUCGGCAAGUGUGUAACAAGGAACAAAGGAUCUUCUCCCAAUCUGGACUGUGCCAAACCACGUACCUAUCAGAGGAAACUACGCAGCGGCGGUUAUCGAAACGUGCUCUUGUAAGCUCGAGGUGAAGAUACGCCGAUUGGCGUAUCGCGUGUAAAUACGGCUUUGACAGUGAACUCGACGGAUCGUGACAUUGUUACCGUUUGCGUCACGAUCCACGACCUACUCGUUCAGCCGCGAAGAGCAACGCCGUGCACAAAGAGUCUCGAUCUCAAACUGCGCUCACACCGAUCUUCCAGCAGCUCUGCGUCGGUGUGAUCUUUCAGCUCUUUACCGCCACCGUGGGCUUUUACCGUGGUAAAAAUCGGGCCUCAGUGUGAACUAGGCCUAAGACUUAACAGCCUACCGUAGCAAGCAGCUGUAAAGAGUGCCGGAGGAGUACAACGACCCCUCAAGUGCAGGUCGCCACAGCAGCACACCUGCAUCACCUGUGGCAGAAGCCGUCUUUCUUGGUAUCACAUUGAGGUCGAUGCAGAGAUCGGUAUCUCGAUGAUUGUUCAAUUAUCUCCGUUUAAUUGGGGUUAGUUUAUAUUGUUCUCGGUAAAUUAAGGACAAGUCGAUCCUGACAUGAACUGUCCCGAGAAAAAUUGUACGGUAUACUUGUCUCUCCUUUGGUUUACUUGAACACUGGUAGAAUCGCAAUGUUCCUCAUCACGUGCCCUUAUUUUGACUUAUAUGCUAACUUUGCUUCGGUGUUAUUCAGUCGAACAGAUUGCUGCUAGCUGUAAUAUCGUUAUUUACAUUAAUAUUCUGACCGCGCCUGUGGUAUAGGACUGCGUUUCAUGACACGCCUGAUACGUGAAAGCUUUUAUUUACUUUUAUCGUCGAUUAUACUAUACCAGUCUAUUUACGCUUGAACUAUCGCCUGAGAUACGAAGCCUUGAUUAACAUCCAGGGAGGCACUGUGUGAUAAUAAUUCAGCCAGUAUACAUUCCAUUUCCUAUA